GUAGAUUAAUAUGGAUCUUUUGUUAGUUACAAGGCCUCUUGACUCAACCCUCUUGGAUUGAUUUCAACAUUUCUCUACUCUACUUCAUUUCACUUUAAAAAAAAAACUCCGUUAGUUCGUUCGUUUCGAACACCUCCGGCGGGCCUCCAUGUCCCUCUCCCCGUCCUUGUCAGCUCAGCGGAGGCAACCUUGACCUUGAGGUCUCCUCCAAUGCCGUCCAUUUCACCCGACGACUACUUCCCCACCCUGCCCCACGGGGACGGAGCGCGAACGCUCGAUCGCUCCCGCUGCUCGCGCCGGUCGUCGCCAUGCCGAUCGACCUGGCCGCGUUAGUCUGGCUCCUCCUCUUCCUCGCUCUAGACGUCGCCGGUGCCCAAGAGUUCGUGUACGCCGGCUUCGCCGUCGGCAGCGUGGCGACCACCGGCGCGGCCGCCGUGCUCGCCCCCUCCGGCAUCCUGCGGCUCACCAACGACACUAAGGAGGCGUUCGGCCACGGUUUCCACCAGGCGCCCCUCCGCUUCCGGGACGCCUCCACUGGCGCGCCCGUCUCCUUCUCCACCACCUUCGUCGUCGCCAUCGCGCCACGGUACCCGGACGCGCACGGCCACGGCAUCGCCUUCGCGCUCGCCCCCUCCGUCGCCGUCCCCGGUGCCGUUGCCGGCAAGUACCUAGGACUGUUCAACACGUCGGACAGCCUGGGGAACGGCACGAGCCUGAUCGUCGCUGUCGAGCUGGAUACCGCCAUGGACGCUGAGUUCCAUGACGCCGACGAAAACCACGUCGGCAUCGACGUCAACGGCCUCCACUCUGUUAACUCAACCCCGGCCGGGUACUGGCACGACGACGGCUUCGGUGGAACUAAGUUCGACAACAUCAGCCUGACUGGCGGUGGCGACGCGCCCCUGCAGGUGUGGAUCGAGUACGACGGCGAGAGAGCGCGCCUCGAGGUGACGGUGUCGCCGGCGGGCGCGCCCAGACCGGCCGUUCCGCUCGUGUCAUGCAACGUCAACCUCUCGAGGGCCGUGGCCGAAGACAGCUACGUCGGCUUCUCGGCCGCGAACGGCGCUGCCGCGAGCUCGCACUACGUCCUCGGCUGGAGCUUUCGCCUCGGCGGCGGCCGUGCCCAGGACCUCGACCUCUCCAAGCUCCCGCGGCUCCCGUCGUCCACAUCAUCAUCAUCAUCCAAGAGAACGAUGCCGCCGCUACUACUCCCGAUGACGCUGCUCGUCCUGGUCGUCGUGAUCCUGCUCCUGGCCUCCGCGGCCGUCGCGGCGCUCGUGGUGCGGCGGCGCCGGCAGUUCGCGGAGGAGGAAGAAGACUGGGAGGUAGAGUACGGCCCUCACAGGAUCAGCUAUAAAGACCUGCACGGCGCCACCAAUGGCUUCCGCGACCUCAUCGGCGCCGGAGGCUUCGGCCGCGUGUACCACGGCGUGCUCCGGAGGUCCGGCGCCGAGGUCGCCGUCAAGGUGGUCUCGCACGGGUCGCGGCAGGGGCUGCAGGAGUUCGUGUCGGAGAUCGUGAGCAUGAGCCGGCUGCGCCACCGCAACCUGGUGCAGCUCCUCCACUACUGCCGGCGGCGCGGGGAGCUGUUACUCGUCUACGACUACAUGCCCAACGGCAGCCUGGACCAACACCUGUUCGGUCAUCCAUCAUCGGAGCUGAGCUGGGAGCAGCGCGCCAAGGUCGUCCGGGGCGUGGCGGCCGGGCUGCUGUACCUGCACGAGGGGUGGGAGCAGGUGGUGGUGCACCGGGACAUCAAGUCCGGCAACGUGCUCCUCGACGCCGACAUGAACGGCAAGCUCAGCGACUUCGGGCUCGCGCGGCUCUACGACCACGGCGGCGACCCGCAGACGACGCGCGUGGUGGGCACGCUCGGGUACAUCGCGCCGGAGAUGAGCAAGACCGGCAAGGCCACCACGAGCUCCGACGUCUUCGCCUUCGGAGCCUUCCUGCUCGAGGUGGCGUGCGGCCGGAGGCCCGUGGUGUUCAGCAACGAGUCGGAUGACUCGCCGCCAUCGCCGGGGCUCGUGGAGCUCGUCCUGGAGCACUGGAAGGCCGGGAGGAUCACGGAGGCAAGGGACCUGAGGAUGGGCAAGUGCGACCAGGAAGAUCUCGAGCUGGUCCUCAAGCUGGGGCUGCUCUGCUCUCACCCGGACCCGUUGCGACGGCCGGGCAUGAGGCAGGUGGUGCAGAUGCUGGAAGGCGCGGCACCGGCGCCGGAGACGUCGCCGGAGGAUCUUGGGAACAGCAUGACGCUGUUCGAGCACAGCGAGGCAUUCGACGGGUUCGUCAGAGUGUCGUUCCCGUCGACGUCAGGGUUCACCACCGCCACGAUAAGGACGUCCACGUCAAACUCCCCUGACGAGAAACGGCAGCUCCUCUUCAGCUGAAAGUUCUUCUCAAUGU